UUGCGAGCUAACCAUAAAACUGCUUCAGCCGGUAGACUUUUCUAGAACCACCGCUCCUCCGCCGAUAUCCACCGCCAUUACCAGGCGAUUAGCUCCAGAUGGAUCUUCUCCUUGUCGAGAAGGCUCUAUUCGCUCUGUUCUUCGCGAUAAUCGUCGCCGCCGUGGUGUCGAAGCUACGAGGGAAGAAGUUCAAACUGCCGCCAGGACCGAUUCCGAUUCCGAUAUUUGGUAACUGGUUGCAAGUCGGCGACGAUUUGAACCACCGGAAUCUGAAAGACUAUGCAAAGAAGUUCGGAGACCUUUUCCUGCUCCGGAUGGGGCAGCGCAACCUCGUUGUCGUGUCGUCGCCGGAGCUUGCUAAGGAGGUGCUCCACACGCAGGGGGUGGAGUUCGGAUCGCGCACGCGGAACGUGGUGUUCGAUAUCUUCACCAACAAAGGGCAGGACAUGGUGUUCACGGUGUACGGCGAGCAUUGGCGGAAGAUGCGGCGGAUCAUGACCGUGCCGUUCUUCACCAAUAAGGUUGUGCAGCAGUACCGCCAGGGAUGGGAGGCGGAAGUCGCGGCGGUGGUCGAGGAUGUGAAGAAGAAUCCUGAGUCGGCGACCAAUGGAAUCGUGCUGAGGAAGAGACUGCAGUUGAUGAUGUACAACAAUAUGUACAGGAUCAUGUUCAAUCGAAGGUUCGAGAGCGAGGACGAUCCGUUGUAUAUGAAGCUCAAGGUCUUGAACGCGGAGAGAAGCCGAUUGUCUCAGAGCUUUGAGUACAACUAUGGCGAUUUCAUCCCCAUUUUGAGGCCAUUCCUCAAAGGAUAUCUCAAGGUCUGCAAGGACGUCAAGGACAGGAGAUUGCAACUUUUCAAGGACAACUUCGUCGAUGAGCUAAGGAAGCUUGCAGGCACAAAGAAAAUCGACCAUGGCACCGGAAAAUGUGCAAUGGAUCACAUUCUUGAUGCCCAACAGAAAGGAGAAAUCAACGAAGACAACGUCCUCUUCAUCGUCGAGAACAUCAACGUUGCCGCCAUCGAGACAACCCUGUGGUCGAUCGAGUGGGGCGUCGCGGAGCUUGUGAACCACCCGCAAGUCCAGAGCAAGCUCCGGGAAGAGCUUGACCGGGUGCUCGGUCCUGGAGUCCCUGUAACCGAACCCGACACCCAGAAGCUCCCAUACCUCCAGGCAGUGAUCAAGGAGAGCCUCCGGCUCCGGAUGGCGAUCCCCCUCCUCGUCCCCCACAUGAACCUCCACGAUGCUAAGCUCGACGGGUAUGACAUCCCGGCAGAAUCGAAGAUCCUGAUCAACGCAUGGUGGCUGGCCAACAAUCCCGAGCAAUGGAAGAAUCCGGAAGAGUUCAGGCCGGAGAGGUUUCUCGAGGAAGAAUCCCACGUCGAGGCGAACGGGAAUGACUUCAGAUUCCUGCCGUUCGGCGUGGGCAGGAGGAGUUGCCCGGGAAUCAUCCUGGCAAUGCCGAUCAUCGGGAUCACUCUGGGCGGCCUCGUGCAGAACUUCGAGCUACUUCCGCCGCCCGGGCAGACGGAGAUCGACACGACGGAGAAAGGCGGGCAGUUCAGCCUCCACAUUUUGAAGCAUUCAACCGUUGUGUUGAAGCCACGCCAGGUUAAGUAACUAGUAAGUAAGAAUGAAUUUGAUUUAAUUUGAUAAAACAAAACACAUUUUAUAUGUUGGUGAUGUAUCAUUGUUGGCUUGUCUGUCUGUUAAGUUUAUUUUAUUUUUUAUGUGUAUUAUGAUUGUGAACGAUGAACAAAUGAACGAACGAUCACAAACA